AGGGGGGGGACGAAGCACAGCAGCGAGCAUUUGCUUCUCCGCACGUCAGCUUAUACGAACCGAAAACAAACAAAUAAAACUAAAGCAGUAGGAUUUAAUCAGUUCAGCACACCGUUUUUCGCAUUGAUACAAGACGAUUUAAUGGCAGUUGAACUCUAGCGAGCGAUUAGUACGGCCACCGGGAGGAAACGUUUGUCCAGUUUGAAUCGGCACAAACGGCAGAGGCAAACCGUGGGUGGUGGAAAAGCACAUACACCACACACACAUACACUUACAAACGAACAAAGACUAGAACGUAGAAUAUAUAUAAAAAUUAACGAAAGCAUCAGACGACUACGUCUGUGGAUUGUUUUGUUUGUACUAUUGUUUUUCCCUCCAGCCGUGAGAUUUCCACUAGUCUUUGAUUAGUGUGCACAUGUGUGUGUGUGUGCGUAUUGGUUGAUGAUUAUCAUUUUUGCCAGUGCAUCAGACGUGUGCGGUUGUGCUGCCGUUCGUGUGCUUGCGAGUCGCGCGCGGCGAGCUAGUUAACAACGAUCAAAGAAAAACAACACCGCAAGACAACAAAACGUCGACAAAAACGCUAGUAGCGCGCACCCACUACCAACCACCGCCACCAAUACCAAUCCUGACCCGACGGACGGCUAUAGGUCCGUCCCGUCAUUCGUCAGAUUCGUCGCCGAGGUCGUACUGAUUACGCUCUCUCCGGUGCGCUGUGUAAUAUAGCAAACGGACAAAACCCGGACAGCGUUACAGCAAUUCGUCUAGUGACACGGGGGUGGCGUGUGCGUUUGUACGCGGAUCGUGAAAGAGCUCGACCAGCACCGACCAAGUAUCAUAUCCGAACGACGGGAACAACAUCCAUCAUGAAGCUGGAAUCGCGACCAAUCACGGAGGUUCUACACAUGCAGGACGCACCCAAACACGGACAAAACACGCGGAACCACAGCUGUUUUUGGGAGAUUAGUUGGCAAAAAAUCAUUGAGAGCAUCACUUACGCAACUGUACGCUGCGGCACAGAAUUUGCACACACUUGCGGCCAUGUCCCAAAGAUAGACCAAAACCUAGCGCGACGCAUCAAAUCCAGCGGUUCACGCAACGCGUACGUGAUGUCGCGAUGGACCGCGCACGCGCCAAUGGAUUGGUUGUUGCAUUUGCGAACGUUGCGGAUGUCGGUGCGACAUUCGCAAGGUCCCCGGUUAGUGGAUCUUGAGAAGACGCAGCUCAAAAAAAAAGCACAACCAAAGACAGGAGAGCAAACGCAGAGCAAAAGAAGCAAAAAAGGAGGAAAAUUUUUAUGCCACCCUCUUUUUCGUUUGUUAGGAUCGGGCGCGCACUGUCUCACAACCCACUUGCUAUGCUAAUGGGGGGGGCCAGUGGCAACAAAAAAAAAACACUUGCGCUUUGAAAGCAAAGCAAACAUACUAAGGGAGUUUUUCCACCAGCGCUACGCUCAGUAUGCGGCCGUUUCCCGCCCAGUACAAAUCGCGCGCAGAGCUAAAGUAUCGUGGCUGCCCUUUACGCAUUUUCAUUUUCGGCCAGCGUUGCAAGUGAAAAACCCGAUGCAUAUAAAGCGUGCGUCCACGGAGAAGCUGCGUGAAAUCUUUGGCAAAUAUGCAACCCAGCAAGUCAAUGGCGAACCGUACAUGACCAGCGAAGACUUCGUGAAGAGCUUUCUCGGACAAUCGUACAAUGAGGAAUCGAUCAAACUAAUUGCCGGCAUUGCCGAUACCAGCAAGGAUGGGCUCAUCUCGUUCGCCGAGUUUCAAGCGUUCGAGGGUUUGCUCUGCACACCGGACGCCCUGUACAAAACCGCGUUCCAGCUGUUCGACCGUAACGGUAACGGCUCGGUCACGUACAGUGAGUUUGUCGAUGUUUUCAAAAAGACAGAUCUGCACGCUAAAAUACCGUUCAAACUGGACGGCCCUUUCAUACAGCUUUACUUCGGCAAGGACCGGCAGCGUGUGAUCAAUUACGUCGAGUUUAGCCAGUUUUUGCACGACUUCCACGAGGAGUGUGCGAUGGAGGCGUUCCGUUUGAAGGACACCUCCGGUUCCGGGUUUAUCUCGGCACUCGACUUUCAGGACAUUAUGGUAAACGUGAAGAAGCAUCUGCUCACUAGCGAGGUGCGCGAUAACUUGAUUGCGGUUACCGAAGGGCAUCGGGUGAGCUUUCCUUACUUUAUGGCAUUUAACUCGCUGCUGAACAAUAUGGAGCUGAUCAAGCGCAUUUACCUGAACGCGACCAGUGGCAACCGGGCGGAACCAAUCACCAAGGACGAGCUGUUGCAUUCCGCGCAAACGAUGAGCCAGAUAACGCCACUGGAGAUAGACAUACUGUUUCAGCUAACCGGCGUUAUACAUCAGAGUGGUACAUCCAUUUGGAGGCGACAUAGCAAAACGAUAGACAAAAAUAGACGGAUCGUGUACAAUGAUCUUAGCAACAUUGCGCCGGAACAUUACAUUAAAAACAUUACGCAUCGAUUAGCAGAAAUCAAAGCCGUCGAAUCGCCCGCCGAUCGUUCCUUCCUGAUUCAGAUGCUUGAGAGCACGUACCGGUUUACGCUCGGUUCCGUUGCUGGAGCUGUCGGUGCCACGGCGGUCUAUCCGAUCGAUCUCGUGAAGACACGUAUGCAAAACCAGCGUACCGGUUCGUUCAUCGGUGAGGUGGCGUACCGGAACUCGUGGGACUGCUGCAAAAAGGUUAUCCGGCACGAGGGCUUCCUGGGGCUGUACCGUGGUUUGGUACCGCAACUGAUGGGUGUCGCACCGGAAAAAGCAAUCAAGUUGACGGUGAACGACUUUAUGCGGGACAAGCUAACGGACAAGCAGGGCAACAUUCCGCGAUGGGGUGAGGUGCUUGCUGGCGCUUGUGCCGGUGGUUCGCAAGUGAUAUUCACCAACCCGCUGGAAAUAGUGAAAAUUCGGCUACAGGUUGCUGGCGAGAUUGCGGGUGGUGCCAAGGUACGGGCGCUCAGUGUUGUCCGGGAGCUCGGUCUGUUCGGCCUGUACAAGGGUGCGCGUGCCUGUCUGCUCCGGGACGUACCGUUCUCGGCGAUCUAUUUCCCAAUGUACGCACACACGAAGGCAGCGUUUGCGGACGAUGAGGGAUAUAAUCAUCCGUUGACACUGUUGGCGGCCGGUGCCAUCGCUGGCAUACCGGCGGCAUCGCUCGUCACACCGGCAGAUGUGAUCAAGACCCGGUUACAGGUGGUUGCCCGUACUGGCCAAACGACGUACAGUGGGGUGAUGGAUGCGGCAAGAAAGAUUAUGGCUGAGGAGGGUCCGCGUGCCUUUUGGAAGGGAACAGUCGCUCGUGUGUUCCGAUCGUCACCACAGUUUGGUGUAACGCUAGUCACGUACGAGCUGUUGCAGCGCAUGCUGUACGUGGACUUUGGUGGAUCGCGUCCGGCCGGUUCUGACGUAGCGAAGGCAAAGGUUGAUCUGGCCCGAGUGAAUCCGGAUCAUAUCGGUGGCUAUCAGGCGGCCCUGCCCAUGCUGAACGGUAUCGAAACAAAGUUCGGGCUCAGUCUGCCCCGUUUUGGCAGCCCGGCACUGAAACGCCAAGCUUCCUGAUAAGGCCCGUGCCAUCGUGGAUGGCCGGGAUGGACUGUCGUGGACUGUUAUGUCGCUACUCUAGUUACGAUAUUGAACUUCCUAAGGAAAAAAAACACACACACACCCACACACAUACAUAUACACAUACACAGAACAACAAAAUAUAUCUUGUACGGUUAUUAUAUACUACUACUACUACUCCUACUACUUGAUGCUGCUACAGAUACUUUUACUACGCACUGCUGCGACUGAUGCAUAACGUUUUCGUGGUUACAAUGAUGCAAACGAAUUUAUCACACCUCAACAGCGAAUCGCUCACCUUCAGCUCACCUUGAACGCAAAUUUUGGAAUUGAACCUAGUAGCUUACAAUGUCUUACACGAAAAAAAAGCGCCAGUUAGUGCCAGCCAGCCAACCUCAUACACAUCACGCGAUUUCUACAUGGGGAGGGCUUGUUUGUUUUCUUAGUUUAGUUUUGUUUUAUAAUUUUACGUAUUCUUCUUCGCCAUCAUUCUAAAUUAUUUGUGUAACUUUUUUGUUUUGUUUAAAGAAGGAAUUUUUAUUGCGUUGUUACUUUACCGUUUACAGCAGUAAUUUUUACAGGACAUAGCAGUAGAAGUGAUCAACAUACACAUACAAACACACGCGCGCCUAGCAUUUCGCCUUAGUACGGGCACAUUCUGGUUCUGCAUUUGCACGUGCCAUCACACACACACACAUGAAACUGGCACCGGUUAGGACACAUUAACAAAAAACCCUCCCACAAACACACGCAUGCACACACACACCGUGUUGCAAAGGAUACGACGUGACUAUAGAGUACAAUUCCUAUCCGUGUGUGUUCGUGUGCGCCCUCAAACGCAAUAGUGAAGGAAAACGAGUGGAAGAAAGAAAGCGGAAGAGGGGAAGAACCGUGGGACAACAACAGAAAAAUUAACAAAAAACGUCAACAAAACAAAAAAAAAGAGAAAAACUACAAAACGGGAAAUGAAACAGAAUCACCUCAUCGCUAAAUAGUCCGAUAAGUAGACAAAUAAAAUUAUUAUAACUAAUAAGAGGAAA